GUUAUUUUGUAAGUUAUUAUAUUUAUUCUAACAGGCAGUUUCCCACAAACUUUAUAUAAAAAAGGUACCACAAUUGUGCAUCAUGGCUGGUAAAUACCUGCUACGUUGUUUUUGUUUCUCUGCCACCAUGGUUUCAGUUCUCAAGAAGGGUCAGUGGACUCGAAAUGUUUAACUGCUUCGGUUUUGAGUUGGUCAGCUUCCGCCCUGAUUCGCCGUACCUUUUUGACCCUCGGGACGUGCCGUCGCAUGGGCACCGCUGCCAUGGGAGACGGGGAGCCGCAGCGACGCUGAGGGGAGGCGGGCCUCGGUCAUCACUGGAGUGCGGACCGCUCCCUUGUUUAACGCCUCGCAGCCAGACACUGCGGGUUUCUGUGGUGGCUGGAAGAAGCGGCAACGAGGAGCCAAGUCUGCGAAGCACUUCAUCCUCGACCCGGAGAACCUUGGAGUUAAAAGGCCACCAUCAACCAAUUACUGCACUGGCAUUUGGAAACCACAAUGAACCAACACUUCUGUGUUCUGCAGCCGAAGAUUAUGUCAUUAUAUGGGAUGUGGAAGCAUGUCGAAUGAGUCUCCAACAAGGCUUGGACCCUAGAGGAAAUGUUGUAGGAACCCUGCUGGGAAAAGUUUUAUAUUUAUGCUUUAGUCCAGAUGACCAAACCUUGAUAACCUGCGCAGACAACAAAAUCUAUGUGUUGAACUGCAAGCAGGAAGAUAUUUUGGCAGUCUUAGAAGGUCAUCUUGGUGUGGUAACUGCUGCAGAAUUUUCCCCUUGGCAAUCGAACAUACUUGUAUCGAUCUCUGAAGACAGGACUUUUAAGGUUUGGGAUCUCACCAGGAAUAUGUUACUCUAUCAGUCACCAGUUUUAUCAGGCUCCCCUCUAUUAAGCUUGUGCAUGGACAACAGAGUUAAUCAGUUUAUUACUGGCUCUGCUAAUGGACAGCUAGAUGUUUUCACUUUGUUACAUGGGCAACAGUGUCGUCGUGUGCUGCACAUUGACUUAGUGAAAGAACAGCAGAAGUAUUACUGCAAGAUCCAACGGAAAGUCAGAUUAUCAGAGAAUGCAGAUGUUGAGAGUAUUAACAGCCUCAGGAAUUGCAAGAAUCUUCACUAUUCUUCAUCCUACCUUAAUGGUAAUAAUUUGGAAAAUGGACCACGUGCAUGCAUUGAACUUCCAAUCCUCAGAAUGUCUCAUUGUGAAUAUUUAUUAAAUAGUUUACUGAAAAAGGAUUCAAGUUUUACACCCGAAAGCUCUAGCAGCCUAUGGGUAGGGACUAUAAAUGGUUUAUUCAAUAUUAAUUUGGCCACUGGAGAAAUUGAUGCUGCUCUCCAUUUUGAAGAUCAUCUAGGUUUAAGCAUUCAGACAGCUGGCUCAUAUGCAAUAGGAAGCAGAAACACUAACAAGGUUUUCUGUCUCCUCGCUUCCAUGUUUGGAAAACAUAUUGCUUUACUGGAAGUUCAUAUGCUUGAACUUGCAAAAAUGUGUCUGCAAUAUAGCAACGAGGAGGAACCACUUAGUAUCAUUGCCAGAUCAUCUUUGCUGCCCACUUCCCCUUUAAACUAUGAUCUGAAACAGAAGAAGAGAAGUAAGCCAGCUGAACACUCACAAACAGCUGCCAGCAGUAUAAAAGACAAGCCAGUUGUGUUUCAUACCAAAGUGAAGUCUUCUGGCUACACCGCAGCGCCAAGAUUGAACAUGUACACACCUAAAGUAAAUCCCCCAAAAUCUGUCAGCUCAGUGAUGAAGGAGAAAACUAACAGUUUGACGGGAGUUAGCAAAGAAUACCCACUGAACAGUCUGGCACCAAGCAGACUUCAUACAAGAGUUGCUGUUUCAAACCAACCGACACCUAUAUGCUGCAUUCAAUAUUCAGGAGAUGGGAAGCUGCUUGCUGUUGGAUUGGCUGACAAAUCCAUGCUUGUUUAUAAUUCAUCCCUUAUUGGAACCCCGACUGUGUUUAAAGGUCAUGAUGGAGCAGUGAAUUGUGUUGGUUGGACUCAGAAUAAUAAAUGGCUCUUGACAGCAUCAGAAGACAGGUCAUUAUGGAUCUGGCCAGUUCAUGGCUCAGCACCUGCACUGCAGCUGGGGACUGAGACAUUUUCAAAGCCUGCACGAUCAGCUCAGUUCUAUUAUAUGGACACAUUUCUGUUGUUCUCUUCAGGAUCAGAAUUUCAGCUGCAUGGAUACCAUUUGGAUACAAGCAGGGAUGACAUUAAAAGUUACAAAAGGAAGAGCAAAAGCAAAUUGGUUGCCAAAUUCAAGAUGUCUGACACGCAGGAGAUUAGUUGCCUGUCUGCAGUGAAUGACUUUUAUUCCUAUAUUGUGCUGGUGGCUGGCACAAACCGUGCUUUGGAGGUGUUUGAUCUGAACGUUGGUCAAAGUGUCGUAACUGUGCCAGAUGCUCACUCUAGACCUGUGCACCAGAUUUGUCAGAAUAAUGGUUCAGUAUUUUGUACCCAAGCUUCUGAAUCCUAUAAUCUCUUUCUGACAACUGCUAUAACUGAUGGGAUCAAACUCUGGGAUUUACGGACACUAAGGUCUGUGCGUCGAUAUGAAGGACAUCACAAUCGCUGCCAUCCAUGCAAGAUUGCUCUGAGUCCCUGUGGGAGAUUCUUGGUCACAGGAUCUGAGGACAAGUGUGCCUAUCUAUUUGAACUUGGCUCCAGUAAUUUUGUCCACAAGUUAUCGGGGCAUACAGAGACUGUCAUUACUUUGGCAUAUAGUUCUUCUGCACCAAAGUUCAUCACAGCCACCUUGGACGGCAAACUCCAACUGUUUGUACCAUAGCGGGCAGAGGAUCCUGAUGGCACAGUCCUACAUCAUAACCUGAAUAUAACAGGAAGAAAUCAUAUCAGAAACCAAACAAUAAGUAUCACAAAUUGUGAAGCAGGUUGGAGGUCAGAGAUUCAUGAUGAAGCAAGUGACAUAUUUGGUAUUUUCUCAAUGUCUCUGGGAUAAAGGGCUUGCGGGAAACAGAUUGGCAAAAGUCUUGGAGAUGAAUGGAUGUUAUUCAGCGAAGAUGAUGAAAGUAAUUCUGAGCCAAAACAGUUGUGUCAUAAGCUUCAACUCUGCGUCAGACCAUUAAAGAGAAGAGUGUGUGGUUAGAAUUGUUUGUGUUUUAGUGGCUGAAAAUGAAGAACUUAUCUGUGACUUUAUCGUUUGAAAAGGAAACUGUAAAUCCACUAGGCAAUUUUUCAUACUGUCUUUGCUGAUCUAAACAUCUCACUGUUUUGGAAGAACUCUAUUAACUUAAUGAAGACUUGUAAUUAGAAAUAAAUGCAUUGAAUAUAAUUACUAAUUCCUCCACUAAAUGGUUUCUAGAAACCAAUGGCAGUUCAGUUAAAAAAAAAGUGUUCCUUAUCUUUGCAAACAGAGUAAAAUAGAACAAUUUAUCCUCACACAUUCAUUUAACAAAUACUCUCUGUAAUUAGCUGCCUGAAAAUUAAAUUGUGGACUACUAGUUUGAAAUGAAUAAUUUCUGAGAAUAUUUGACUUUGUCAGAAGGUGAUUAACAAUGAGGAUAACGAGAUGACUUAGUUCCAAAAGGGCAGAAAUGGAAUGAGGACCUUCAUAUUCCAGUUAGCAUUACUGUACAUUCUUGCCACUUAGUCUCUUGUCAAAAAGUCUCUUUCCUCAUCUUUGCAAGGCAGAGUGCAAUACCUGAAAGUUUAUAUAUAAAGAACAAAGGACCCAUAAGAGCAGAUAGUAAAAUUGAAAUCUCUAUGGAGAUUUACAGAAGGUAUAUGUGUGAUUUUUGGAGUUCAUCUCAUGUCCUCCAGGUAAGACUGUACUAGCUGAAUUUUCAUGUGCUUUCUUACCACAGCAACCCUUGGACAUUUACCUACAAUAGUGAAAGAGAACAAUGAUCUAGGUCACAACCAGUUUUGUUCAAUAUCACACCCCAUGCCCAUAUUGGAAUCACCCUGCGCACGUUGUGUAUAAUGGUAGAACAAAGCCUAGAUGUACAGAGUUGGAACAGCUCUGGAAUGCAGGUCUUCAGAAGUUACUUGACCUAUAUUUCCGUGAUCUGCAAAGCCAUCCUUAAUAGUACUGCAUCUAUAACUCCCUCCCAUCUGCUUAAAACUCAUUGUCAAGAUAUAGAUAAGGCCAGCAUUUAUUGCGCCAGAUCCUACAUUCUGCCAAAGAUAAUACAAGAAUGACAAAAUCCGUUAGCUUGAUUGGCCACUUCAGAGGAAAGUGAGGCUUGGUGGGGGACUGGAAUUAGGGAAGACCAGGUAAGGAUAGAAGCUUUCCGUCCUUGAAGCUGUGAUUUUACUAGCAAUCAAAUUGUUUCAUCAUCCUUUAUUCAGAUACGAGUUAUUUAAUUUCCUGAUGAGUUUUUUUUUAGAAACUAAAUACAGGUUCUCAAACUGUCAGGCUCAGAUUCACGUUUAUUGUUUAAUAUUGUUUUCUGCUUUGCCUUAUUCUGCCUGUUAGAGGUCCACCUGAUGUUUAGAUCCUGAGAAGCAGGUAUCAUUUGUUACAUUCUGUGUUUAAUGGGAUAGACACAGUGGCAAGGCUAAGUGUAAUUUUUGUGCAUUUAAUAACCUGUAUUGGUGAAAAGGAUAAAUGCAAGUGAAAAGUUACAAAGAUGAACCACUGUAAAUUUACAGCACUGCUGGAGACAAAUAACAAGUGAGAAAAUCAAAACAUUACACAUAAAACAACACAUCUCAGU